AUGGCUUUGCCUAGUCUCGAUAUAUGGCAAUGGGCCUUCUUAAUACUAUGGCUCCAUCGUUAUGUCAGAUUUAUUGUCAAUACUAUCAGCCAUUGGGUUUACAGAACAGUCCCAAUACCAUCAAAUCCUUCUUUCACAUCGAAAGAUGUGAGCGUCAUAAUACCUACGAUCCAUAAUAAUUUCGACGAAUUGAGAGAUUCUCUGCAGAGCAUCCUCGCAUGUCAGCCAGCCGAGCUUAUCCUCGUCACUACAGCCGACAAAUACCAAAAGCUCAAGUGCUUUUCCAAAUCCUUGGAAGCUAACAACGUCAGCGUUUACCACGCACCAAUCGCAAACAAGCGAAUUCAAGUAUGCGAGGUUAUUCCAAAAGUGAAGACGCGCAUCUUGGUAAUGGCAGAUGAUGAUGUCACGUGGCCAAGAACAAUACUACCCUGGCUACUUGCACCCUUCGAGAAUGCAAAGAUUGGUGGUGUUGGCCAUCGAGUACGCAACGGCACCUUUGCCGAACGUGCAUUCAAUUGGCUUGGAGCUGCUUAUAUUGAAAGACGCAACUUUGAAAUUUCGGCAACCCAUGGUAUUGAUGGUGGAACCUCCUGCAUGUCUGGGCGAACUUGUGCAUUCAGGUCCGAGAUUCUGCAAAGUCCUCUUUUCUUGGAUGGAUUCAAAACAGAGAGAUGGGGUCAAUAUCAACUCAAUGCGGAUGAUGAUAACUUUGUCACGAGAUGGCUUGUCGCAAAUCAAUGGUCGACAUGGAUUCAAUACAACCGAGAGUGUGAAAUUGAAACGACACUUGAGAACAAUUUCAAGUACUUGUACCAAUGCUCGAGGUGGGCUCGUAGUAAUUGGAGAAGUAACUAUACUAGUUUGGUUACGGAAAGACAUGUUUGGCAUCAACAACCAUGGUGUGUCUAUGCUCUGCAUAUUGCCACCUUUACCUCCUUGUCCUUCGCUUUUGAUCCUCUCAUCAUCUACCUCUCAUUGAAGGCUACUGCAUCUUGGUCUCCACAGAAUCAGAUGAUUGCAGUGAUUGCCCAAUUGGUUUUCAUGCUUGUAACGAAAGUCGUGAAGUUGAUCGGCCUCUUCAUUCGAGAACCAAAAGAUAUUGGAUUCCUUUCAAUCUCUAUUCUCUUUGGAUAUUUUCAUGGGUGGAUCAAAUUAUAUGCACUGCUGACACUUCGGAUGACUUCGUGGGGUAGUCGUGCAGAUGGAGACGCCAAUGAUAGCCAUCGUAUGAGUCGAGCACGCCGCAGCGAAAGCAUCACAAAUCCACCGGGCAACCAUCCCUUUCUCCCUUGCUAUACAGACAAAGUGCAAAUGGAAGCACCCGAAAUUAUCGAGAGCUCUCAACACACCUCCUUAUCGGAAAAGUCGAGCUGCGCGCUGGUACUGGAGCCUGACCCCUACCCCCAUUCGGAUGAUGAGUACAGCGAGACUCUCUUCGAUGAAAGUCAUACCGACUCCGCUUCCGAAGCUUCUUACGAUGCAAAUGAUUUCCAUGAUGAUGUCUUUCUUUCUCAUUAA